UGCAAUUCGCACGGAUGAAUCAGAGAGAGGUUGGCCGGCUGUUGGCCGGCAUGAUGCGUUCUGAUGCAUUCGUGUUCGCAAGAGAGAGGAGAGAGGAUACGUUCGAACUGGUAGAUGGUAACAUAGGACGUGUUACUCUGAGAGGGUUGCAUCGGACCGUGCCAGUUGGAUGCAGGCAUAUAUCCCAUUCGACGGGAUUACGCAACACGGUGCUCUCUGAUUGGUUCUAAUCGUCGGCUCUGCAAAUGGCUCUACAUCGUUAUGGUUUGCUCGAACGAGCCCAUUGUUGUCCAGGUUUACAACAUCGCGGAAUGGGCAUUAUUUGGACCGCGAAAUGGUGUACUCAAAUGCACCGAAAUACGCAUCGGUGCAAAUACCCUGCUUGCGCGAAUUGCGGCUAAUCUAACAGCGACACCGCCAAUUGUAACGCAAUAUAAAAUGGCGUUGAUGGUGAUGGUGGUGGCAGUGGUAGAAGUGGUCGUGGUAGUGGUGGUUGCCAAUGAAUGUGUAGACCAAUGCCCGGACGCGUGGUCAAACGCGCUGCAGCGAUCAUCGGAUCAGCUUAAUCAAAUAAAGAGAACGUGGGCUCUGCACAAUAUCAAAUGGAUCCCGAACUUGCGGUACUACAAAUCGAAUACCAAGACGAUUCACGAUAGGUCCUGCAGAAAGCUUAGUCAGCGGAAUAAAGUGAUCAUGAUUUAUGAUUUUUUCAGAUGAAAACUUUUGUCAUUUAAAAUAUAUAACAAAUAAAUAAAAAACCAAUUCAGAUAAUCUGAAGAUUAUAUAUAUACUCCGAAAGUAUUAAAAAUAGAUAAAUAAUAUUCCAAUUUAUAAAAUGCUUUUAAUUAGAAAAUUUAAGAUCUAUAGUAAACUAAAUUGAAAUCAAAUACUUACCUAUGUCCAUUACGUGAUGCUAAAUGCAAUGGAGUAUGUGGGAAGAUCAAAGACGAAGAAGAACUACGUAGAGAUUCAAUCAACUCUGGAUGGGUUCGCACUAGUAGCUCCACUGU